AUGCUCGCCAACAUACAACAGAGAAUCGCUACCCUUCUCCUCCUCAUGGUCGCAACAACCUCAGCCGUGGCGGCUGAUCAGGUCAUCGUAGGCUCGUGCUAUGGCGCACGCGCAUGCUCACAACCACCGAGCGGUCCUUACGGCUUCCCAGUGCGCUCCUCCCCUAACCAACCUGGCCCUCUCACCCUCGCCGCUGGCUGCCAGAGCUUCCAUCCCGCCAACACGCCUGGCCUAUUCACCAUCGAAGUUUGCGAUGAGGAGGGUUGCGACGGCAAUUGCAAGACGCUGAAGGCUGAUGAGGCGAGCGAUGCUUGCUAUACGCCACCAGCGAGGGAUGGGAGUGUUGCGAGCCUGUGUCUGACGUGGGAGAGGAAGGGCGGAAAGCAGAAGAUCAUCAUGAUGAGGGAGCUGGAUUGA